AUGGUAGAAAAAGACCUCAUUUUAUUACAAGAGAUGUUUCCGCAGGAAACAAUAAAUUCCUUAAACAGCGCCAUAGAAGAUGCUGAUGGUGAUAUUCAUACCGCUUGUGCACUUCUACUACAAAAAUAUGAAGCUGGACUACAAAUAGCUGAGGAGGAGUCUUUAACUCCUGGUCUUAAGGCAAUUACAGACAUGUUUCCAAAUGUGCCAAUAGUUGAAGCUAAAAGGGCAUAUGAGGAAAAUAACGGUAAACUCGAUGAUUGCGUAAACAAAUUAUUGCUUCUAGAGGAGCUUGGAUUGAAUAAUGUAGCAAAACAGUCUGAAUAUGAAUCUGCAAUUAAGAAUGAAAUUUGGCAAAACAGCUUGUCAAACAACCCGUGGAAAGAUCUAAAUAAACAUAUAAAAAUUAUCAUCACCUACACUGGUGUUUCCAGAGCUACUGCCACAUCUGAAUUCUUCAAACAUCACUGUAAUAAAGCAGCUGCAAUAAUUAACAUUAUUCACUCAUAUAAGUUGAUACCGGAAUUGAAUUCUUCAGCACAAAUACCAAACCCUGUGAGCUCUUUCCCACCGAAACAAAAUCGUGGUGGGAGAGUGCAGUCUCAAUCAGGCUAUGCACACAAACAGCGGAACCAGGGAAAAGAACUCCAGAUAACGCAACUACAACAGGAUAAAUGGAAUUUUAUUCCUCCCGAACGGCGCUACGUUUAUUCAAGUACGAGUCAUGAAGCUAUAGAGCUGCAAACAAUUUUAAGAUCGAAUGACAUCUUUCGUGAUAUCAAUCCCAACUUCCUAAAGAUUUCACUGGAGUUCUACAACGCUGUGAUUGAUAAAGUUUUGAUGCUCAUCUUCUUUAUUUUAGAAGAGAACGCAGCUCACCUAACAUAUGAUUUUAAUCACUCUGAAACCUUGGGAUUAUUAGAUUCUUCUAAGAAUAGAGUAGGUUCACCAUCAAUAAACAUCUGGGAUGCUAAGAGCGAUGCGAAGAGGAGUGCCAAAAGUUUGUCCGGUAUAGUAUUCUCUAGUGCUGAAAUAUACGAAAGCUCUAAAAAAUCCUAUGAUAACCUUUUUACUCUUAAUAGGGUUGAUUUACAUGGAUUCAGCACUGAUGAUGCCGAUCUCUUCGUGAAACUUUGCCUUGAGAAAUGGUGGUCAGAAGAAAUACGGCUGAGAGAACUAAACUGUAAAAAAUUAGCCCUAACUACUGCAAUAUAUGUGCAACCAAUUACAUUUAUAACCGGUAAAGGAAUGCAUAGUAAAGGCGGAAUCCCUCGAGUUCGAAAAAGGGUACAGCAGUUGCUUGAUAAGUAUAACUAUGUAUAUAAUGAAGAACAAUCCUUUUUUAUCGUAACUGGUAAAAGGCAAAGAAAAUAA